CCAAAAAACUUUCUGGAGUCUGUCUCGUUUUGGUUCUGCAGGAUGUGUCGUAGCUGCGUCCCACACCGAUAAAACUUGUGUUUUCAGAUGAGAUGCAAAGUCACUUCCUACAGUCUGCUCGAAGCCUCAUCCUCACACUUACUCCAACCACAGAUGCAGGCUCGGUGACGUGAAUCGGAGGAAACGAGCAGAAAGCCGUAAUCGUGAAUUAAUCAUUAAUACCCAGAAACAUGCCGGACUCAGCUCGAGGGUUUGCUGAAGAUUGCAGAUAAGUUUGAGACAUGUCAACCUGCUGCAACAACAGGAAACGAGAGAAAGAGCGCCAGUGACAGAACUGAAACCUGAAUCGAUGAAGUAGCUACAUGUUCCCCAGCAGUCCGUGAACUGAGGCGAUGGAGAGCCCGUCAUCCACAGUGAGGCGGCGAGCCUGGAUUAACAGCAGCCGACAGUGGCUCACUCUGGAGGAACUGGACCCCGAAGGGACGCCGUGCAAGCUCCCCUCUGCCUCUAUAGCAGACGACGAUGUCUUUUCUGAGGGAUGCUUCACAGGAAAGAUUGAGAACUGGCUCCUGGGUUGUGGGUCAGAGCCCCGCUCAGAAAACACUGGUCAGCUGAGUUUUGAAUCUGUGCUGAAAGCCAACCACUUUGACGAUGAGUUGAGUCUUGGUGCUGAUGCUUCUGUGUUAAAUGGUGGAGAAAUUACGUCUGAAGCUGGCCUCUCCCAGCCUCCAUCUUCCAAACAAGGUCACAGCAGACUCACCAGUACCCCUCGCCAGGCACUAUGUCUGCCGUCACUGAACUUGGGCCACAGCAUGGCCUCCAGCUGCCUCUCCUCCUCCACCUGUAAAACUACAUCCAGUAUAUCAGAGGUCCUGCAGUUGUGUUCGGAGGAUGCAGAGGAGACACUGUAUGAGUUGGGUUUCGGUUGCGAUGAGCCACAGGUCACUGUUCGCAUCCCUCCUCGCUUCUUCACCUUCCCCUCUGUGGCUCAGGGUAUCAACUUCCGCCUCUUCCUGGACUCACAGCUACGGCGGAUACGAGAGGAAGACCCCAGCCUUUCUCUAGCUAGUCGUUUCAGACAAGUGCAAGUGCUCACAGCAAUGGCCAACGCUUUCUAUUCCCUCUACUCUCACGUGUCCCGCACUCCUCUACAGAAACUGGCUACACCUGAGUUUAACUUCUCAUCUCCCGUGGAGAGGAUCGAACGCUUCAGGAGCAGCGUCCGCAGCGAGCCACGUUCUCCAGUAGAGAGGCUGAAGGACACCGUCUCCAAGAUGUGUCUCUACACGGGCUCUCCUCGCGAGUCAGACUCCACCUCUCCACAGCCGUCACCCAGGAAAAGGUCCAGCCUCCCCGAAGUUGUGGAUAUCGUACUGGACAAAGUCAAGACUGGGGUGAACAAGAAACUAGAUUUGGAGGAAUGUAAUUCAGCUGUGGAUGUCAGACUGGUUGCAGAUGGUGAUGAAUUCUGUGACAGCGGGAAAGAGGAGCAAGCACAGCAGACCGCUGCGGACACAGAAACUCUUCAAAAUGGAAAUAACAUCUGUCAUAAGGAGACGCAGGGUGGUAAACAAACAGAUAACACAGCAGACCUUGACAGCACGACUUACCCUGUAAGAACAUCUCUAGCAUCAUCAUUAUCAGGAGAAACGGUCAUAGAAACAGGUCAUCAGUUUAUUUUAUAUCAUCCAGAGCUGGACUCAACUCAAAGUGACACAAGGACUGCUCUAAAACCAGUUGCCAAGGUUACGUAUGAUCUAAUCUGUCCGCAGAUAGUCGAGAGCAUACACCAGGCGCCUUUCUGCACACAUAGUCCAAAAACAAACACUUUACCUCCUAUCUCCUCAGAGACAGAACGCAUUGAUAGACCAUGUCCUGGAUCUCAUAAACAAACUACUGUCUCUGAGCCUGACGAGGACUCACACACAGGUUCAUCCAGAUCACUUCCUGUCCUAGCCUCCAGUGGUAGCCUCACCCAAUGCUGCAUCACUGUGACUGGCUGGGAGGGUGACAACAUCUCUUCCUGUUCCCUGAACACGCCAGAUUCCGGUCAUACUUCAGCUGUCCAGACACGUGAGGAGUCAUUUAACGAGGGGAAAAGCCAGUACCUGAAUCCACUGACACCUCAGGGCCUGGGGCACAUCUCCAGUAGCCUGCAACAGGGCAACUCCUUUGACCUGGAGGAGGUACACAGUGCAGGAGAGGAAGAUUUUGGACAAUCAGAUACUACAAAAACAACUUCCCUGUUGUUUAAAAAAAGCCUAUGCAAAGGUGAAGUGGUGCGGGGCGACAGCAUGCAGUCAGACAGCAGCGGCUACGCGGAUGAAGAAGGCAGCUCCUCAUUUAACACACGCAGAUGACAGAAAACCAGGAACUCCAUUGUAAACAACUUUCUAAGCAGUGUUUUACUGCCUGUGGACCUUUUCCUGCACUGUGGAUUUGAAAAGCACUUCCAAGUAAAGACCGCCAGUCAAACAGGCCCAACAGAUUAAGAUGUCAUGGUACUGUAAGAGACUUGGUCACAUGAGGACGUACACUGAAGCAGUAAUAAAGUUCCAAAUUUGCAAAGCACUCAGUUUCUCCUCAGUGCUCGCACUGAAUACAGAAUAUUGUGAAUACGUAAACAUAAGACUGUUCAAAGGUCUUGAUGAUAUACUGUGUGGACUGUAUUUUAUUACAAUGUUAAUUCAACAGGGAAUUUAGAGCAUGUGCAGGUUAUUACAACAGCAGUUGGCAGUUGUUUACAAAAAUCCUUUAUUGGAAACAGUCAAUUUCACAUGGAGUUCACAUUAAAGUGAAUUGUUUUUCUAAAACUGGGCAACAUCAGCAUUGAUGUCAAUGGUCUCAGCACCUAAAAUUCACUAAAAAUUAGAAGUUAAGUUCCUUUUUUUAAUAAUAAGAAAACAAUAUGCAGAUCUGCCUCUUCAGAUAAUGAGGUUACAUCUAACACACUGUACUGUAAACCAGUGGGAGACGUACAGAAAGUUGGUCAGCUUGCAUUGUGCAAAGGACAGUAUCUUUCCAAGUAGUGCAAACUGCUUACUACUUUCAAUACUUUUUAGAUGAGUGCAAGGCAGUGUAUCAACCGAUAUGCAAAUACAGUAAAGUGGGUGAUAAUAAAAUCAUACACCGAGUCACAACAGAUAGUUGGAGGAUAUAAUCUGGAGAAUCAACGUCAUCAAUUACAGGAAUCAUAGACAAAAAAUAUAAACAACAUUAUAAACAAAACAAUAUUGGGAAUAUUGAUAACAUUGAAACGCCACAUAAAAUAUGUGGCAGCUUUGCUUGUCUGGUCUAUGAUAUUAAAAAGUCAAAGGUGGGUUUUAACAUUAUUGUUAAUAUGUUAUUAUAAGGAGAACAAUGCUUUAUCAGAAGACUCACAGUACUUUUCCCGCUAAUCACAAACUUUGUGUCUGUUUUACUCUGAAAUGCAUUCCUAGAGCUUCUGAGUGCUAAAAGAAGAGCAAUAGAAAAAAAUUAUAAUUUUCAAGCUGUGAUUAUUACACUUGACAAUGUUUUAAAAUUCAGGAGUAAAUGGGACCAGUAAGUCAAUUUUAAAUGUAAUUGUAAUGUUUUUUUGUAAUUUCUUUCUUUAAUCAUCACAAUUAAAUAGACAGAAAUGA